CUUUCACUGCUCUUCUUCUUCUUCAAUCUUCACAUCACUUCCACAUUUCUUCUUUACAUCACCAACAACUAUUCACUUUCUCACUCCUUUUUUCAUUCAGUGUUCUUCUGAACUUGGUUCUGUUCCUUUUCUGUUGGUUCCUCACUUUGGAUCUCUGUUCUCCCAAUUCAGGGUGAUUAGAACCAUGACUUCAGAGCUCUUGGAAAUUCAACCUUCUGAACUCAAGUUUACCUUUGAGUUGAAGAAACAAAGUUCUUGUUCAAUUCAACUUGGAAACAAGUCUGCUCACUAUGUUGCAUUCAAGGUGAAAACAACUUCUCCAAAGAAAUACUGUGUACGACCAAACAUAGGCAUUAUAAAGCCCAAUGCAACAUGUGAUUUCACAGUGACUAUGCAAGCUCAGCGCGUGGCUCCAACAGAUUUGCACUGCAAAGACAAGUUUCUGAUCCAAAGCGCAGUUGUGCCCAAUGGAACAACUGAAGAGGACAUAACAUCUGCAAUGUUUUUAAAAGACGGUGAAAAGUGCGUCGAAGAGAAGAAGCUAAGGGUUGUGCUCAUCAGCCCACCCCCUUCCCCAGUAUUGGUGCCAAGAAAUGGUGAAGCAAAGCAAGAUCCAUAUACUGAAACUUCAGUGCAAAAGGAUAAAGUUAUGAGUGGUGCUGAAAAUAUACCACCAUCUCUUAAGAAUGUAGAGGGAUUUGAACUUGCCAAGGUUAAGGACGAGUUUAGAGCAGCAAAUGAUGCGGAGUUAAGGCCAACUAGUGAUGAUUCGGAAGAACUUCACCCCAAAAGUAAAGAGAAUUUGGAAGAACUGAAACCAGCAAAAGAUGCUGUAUUCCUCAACUUAAGUAAGGAUUUCAAGGAUAUGACCUCAAAGUUAAGUGUAGUGGAGUCAAAGCUAAAAGAGGCUGAGCUUACUAUAAUGAAACUGACGGAAGAGAAGAGCAAAAACACCCAAGAGAGAGAAGUGCUUAAGCAUGAAUUGAGGAAAUACAGUGUGAGAAGUGUGCAAGUUGGAUUCCCGUUUCUUUAUGUUUGUAUAAUUGCCUUCAUUGGCUUGGCGACUGGAUAUUAUCUCCAUCCAUAGGAAAAGCCUGAACUGUUGAGUGAUUGAGCAUCUUUUGUUCUUAGAGGUGUUUUGUUUAAAAUUGUAUCUUAUUUUGUAAUAUAUGGAUCUGUACCGAUUGGGCAUACAAGUGUUUUUUUUUUUAAAUAGAGGAGAUGUUAGUCAUUUGCUAAGGAACUGGUCUUUGUACU